AUGGGUCUCGCAGAGCUCCCAUUAGAGCUGAUCUGGCUCAUUCUUGAGCGUUUACAUUGCGCACCCGAUCUUCAUUCUGCCUUCUGCGCAUCGCCUAUUCUCCUUCAACCCUUCCUUGCCGCCCGAGAACACCUCAUCGCGUCUGUUCUUGCACGCGCCAUUUUGCCUGCAACACAACGCCUUGCCAUUGCUACCACAGAAGCGCCGGUAGCCCCGAGAGAGGAGCAGCUUGGAGAGCUGUGGAAUUUCCUUGACGGGUAUUUCGACGACGAAAAGCAUGACAGGCCGACUGUAUUCCCAGACAGCCGGUUAAAGCUAAUGAAUCUUAUGUGGCUCCAUUCUAAAGUCGAGCUGCUUGCGUUGCAGUAUUACGAGGAGGCAAAGGCACACUUCAUCAUAUUUCUAAAGCAGCAGGCCGGCAGCCAACUUCUGGAGCCGCUGCCAAAGUUCGCGGAGCUCUCCAGAACAGAAAUAGCGAGGUUUCAAAGGGCCUUUUACCGUUUCGAACUCUACUCGCGGUGCUUUGGGGUGUCUGCACGGGAGAAGUGGGUGAGCAGGUCCCCGGUGCAAGCCCAUCACGAACACUUUCUUGGCCGGCUUGAGCCAUGGGAGGUGGAGGAAAUGUGCUGUGUGCAUCAGUUUCUCAUGGGCCGACUUGCUCCCGUCCUCCAGGGAAUGCAAGAUGAAAUGAUAUCCAUGGUAUUGAGCCAUCAAGUUGAGCCUACAGGACACGAGGCCGCUGCACCGUUCUCGAGAGUCGUUCGUCAGCUAGCACUUCUUAGUCUGGGUAAUCGUGGCUCACUACCAUCUUCUCACCGAAACCCAAUUCAGAUGCAACAGAGCCCUCAGGUCAUAUCCAAAGACAAUGUCCCUGAUGAUAACGACGACCUUUGCGAAUUUAACUGGUCGGUUGAACCGGAAUUAAGGCUGUUCUCGUCACGUGAGAGAGAGUGGUUCUAUCAUUGGGUGUCCGACGCUACAUCUUUCGGUUUGAAUUACAUCACUGGGUUUCUCGAUGCCCCCCGACAUAUGCAAUAUGAUCUGUUCCUACACAAUACCAGCAAGAGCAGGACCUUAUUGCCCCAAGUCCUGGCCGAUGUAGAUUUCAACGCCCUGAGAGGAACUCCCCUAGGAGAGGAUGAGCGAGCUAUCCCCUCGCCAGCUACACCAGAGGAAGAUAAAAACCACAAGGAUGAGCGAAACAAUCACGAUGAUCUCUCUUCUCCAAAUCUCGGGUAUAAAUUGUUCAAAGAAGGGCCCGGCUAUCCCACCAUCCCAUUAUCCGAUAAUAAGUUCUGGCCUCUCCGGCGCCUGGGAUAUGUGUUCUGGGAUUCGUCAAGGGUCCUUGAACCCAGGUUUCGGGAAUGUCUUUCCGACGCGCGUGACGGCAAUGACAGGGAUUUUGAUCUCACCAAGAAGCCCAGCGCCGAGGAGGUCCUCAAGGGCGUUGUGCUGCCCAAACGUGCCAUGCACGAAGUUCGAAAAAAGUAUGGGAUCCCACCGUGGGAGAGGGAUUGA